CAACGAUCCGAGUAAGUAAAGACGUGUUGCAUCCCAUCAUCCCCGGCCAUGUCCGGAUGUAGUGGGAAAUCCAUCCAGAACAAAACGAUGAUAUAUUUAUCAUGUUAUGCGUUACACAUUACGUUGGUAGUCGGAUCCCAACAGUUGAUAAAAAGGAUCAGAUACGAGAGAGAGCGUUACUCGGAUUGUGUCGUGGCUGGGCUGCUGUGGACCGUGCAAUUAUGUCAGUGUCGUUCGGUUUGGGGGGGGGGGUUAUAUGUUGCGGUGGAGAUGGGGGAUGAUAGAUGGAGCAUCGAGGACAGUAUCGACGACAGCAGCUUCAAUGACAGCAGCAGCAAAACGACAGCAGCUUCAACGACAACAGCUUCAACCCAGCGACAACAGCUUCAACGACAGCAGCUUCAACGAUGACAGCUUCAACGAUACCAGCUUCAACGAUACCAGCUUCAACGAUACCAGCUUCAACGACACCA